CCGGCAGGCACCCCGACACCCCGCCCUCGGGAGCCUGGCCGGCAGGCUCGCCGGCUCCUCCAGCCGCUGCCCGCAGGUCUGCUGCCAGUACUGACCCUCCCCCCACCAGACACAGCCAUGAACUCCUUGCGGAAGGAGCCCCUUGGUGGCGGCAGCUCGGAGCCCCUCCCGGUUGCCAUCAUUGGCAAUGGCCCCUCUGGGAUCUGCUUAUCCUAUCUGCUGUCGGGCAACACCCCCUACGUGAAGUCGCACGCUGUCCACCCACACCCCCUGCUGCAGAGGAAGCUCAUGGAGACACCGGGGGUCUCCAUCAUGGACCAGGACCUGGACUACCUGUCUGAAGGCCUGGAGGGCCGCUGCGAGAGCCCUGUGGCCCUGCUCUUUGAUGCCCUUUUGCGGCCGGACACAGACUUCGGGGGAGACAUGGAAUCUGUCCUCACCUGGAAACACGAGAAGGAACGGACUGUCCCCCACGUGGUCCUGGGCCGGAACCUGCCGGGGGGUGCCUGGCAUUCUAUUGACGGCUCUAUGGUGACCCUGAGCCAGGGCCAGUGGAUGGGUCUCCCGGACCUGCAGGUCAAGGACUGGAUGCGGAAAAAGCGGAGAUCUUCCGCCGAGCGGACAAAAAUGAUGACGGGAAGCUGUCCUUGGAGGAGUUUCAGCUCUUCUUCACAGAUGGUGUCUUGGACGAGAAGGAACUGGAGGCUCUCUUCCAUACCAUCGACUCCGACAACACCAAAUUACUUUGUGGACCACAUGGGGGACUACGAGGAUGUCUUGGCCUCCCUGGAGACCCUGAACCACUCUGUCCUGAAGGCCAUGGGCUACACAAAGAAGGUGUAUGAGGGCGGGAGCAAUGUGGACCGGUUCGUGACCCGCUUCCUGCUGAAGGAGACAGCCAGUCAGAUCCAGUCACUGCUGAGCUCGGUGGAGAGUGCUGUGGACGCCAUCGAGGAACAGACCAGCCGGAUCCGACAGACCCACAGCAAACCCAGUCAUGUGGUCACAGAGACCUGGUAUGGACAUGCCACGCCUCCUUACACCCCCAACCACAAGCUCGUGGCCACAGAACAAGUGAAGAGCCUUCCAGCAGCCUCAUGGUCCUCCUUCCCAGUCUCAGUGGACUCCAGGGAGGACGGACUGGAGGCCCAAGUGAGUCGGCUGGCAGAGCUGAUUGGGAAGCUGGAGAACAAGAGCCUCUGGUUUGACCUGCAGCAGCGGCUGUCGGAUGACGAGGGUACCAACAUGCACCUGCAGCUGGUCCGGCAGGAGAUGGCCGUGUGUCCUGAGCAGCUGAGUGAGUUCCUGGAGUGUCUGCGACAGUACCUGCGGGCCACCGCUGCCGAGCAGGACUGCUUCCACGUCGCCGCCAUGAGACUGUCCGACGGCUUCACCUUUGUCGUGUACGAGUUCUGGGAGACGGAGGAGGACUGGAAGAGACACCUGCAGAGCCCGGGGUGCAAGGCGUUCCGGCACGUCAAGGUGGAUACGCUGAGCCAGCCGGAGGCCCUAGCCAGGGUCUCUGUGCCGGCUGCUUGGUGCACAAUGGCCAGAAACUGACCGCCUCUCUCUGCAGCCCUGCAGGAGCCCGCCUGCCCCUACCCACCCAGACCCCUAGACACUGGUUAAUGUACUCUCUUUCCAGACACUUCUAAACAAGAAUGUAUCUUCCUGCCGUUGGGAGCAGAGGGCCCCCGUCCCCACUGCAGCCAUGGGGCAGGGGUCUCUGACACUGCUGCCUGAUCCCUCCCCACCUGACCACACGCAUGACCCACCCCAGUGCCCAGGUAGUGAGGACGUGGCAGGACUCGCCCUCCACCCUGCUGGUUGUAAUUACCUGUAGGAGCCGAGACCCCGUAGCGCCCGACCCGGGCCUGGCCCCACGCAGAGCCUGCCCGCUGUGGCCACAGGUACCAAAUAAACUCGGGAACGCC